AUGGUUCGGCGUGUGGCAAUUGUUGGAGCAGGCAGUUCCGGUUUGGCCUGCAUGAAAAUCUGUAUUGAUGAAAACUUGGAGCCUGUCUGCUUUGAAAGUGGUGAUGACAUUGGCGGCUUAUGGAACUUUAAGGAGUCACCUGCACCAGGGCGAUCCAGUAUCUAUCGCUCUCUGGUGGCUAAUACCUCCAAGGAAAUGAUGUGCUUCAGUGACUACCCCAUGCCGGAUGACUAUCCAAACUACAUGCACAACUCGCAGCUGCUGCAGUACUUCAGGCAUUAUGCUGAGCAUUUUCACCUCCUCAGAUACAUUCACUUCCAGACCACAGUGACAAAUGUUCAGCAAAGCCCAGACUUCUCUCUGUCUGGCCAAUGGGAAGUGGCAACUGUGAGUAAGAAUGGAGAUGAAGAGAGGCACAUUUUUGAUGCAGUUAUGGUGUGUUCAGGACAUUACACCCAUCCAGCCUUACCACUGACUGACUUUCAAGGACACAAGGCAUUUUCUGGACAGCUUGUUCACAGCUGGGAAUAUAAAGAUGCUGAUGCCUACAGGGGAAAGAAGGUGGUGGUUGUUGGCAUUGGUAGCUCUGGUGGAGAUGUUGCAUCAGAGAUUAGCAGAUGUGCAAAGAAGACUUUUCUCAGUACACGCCAGGGGGCCUGGGUGAUUGGCAGGAUGGCUCAUAAUGGCCUUCCUCUGGACAUAGAAGCUAUCAGCAGGUUCAACAAUCUCUUAGUGCAGCUGCUCCCCAAGACUUUAGUCAGCUGGGUGGUUGAGAGAGCACUAAACAAUAAAUAUGACCACAGACUGUACGGCCUGAAACCCCAACACAGAGCUUUGCAAAGAACGCCUUUGAUUAAUGAUGACCUUCCUGGCCGAAUUCUUCAGGGGGCUCUGGUCAUUAAGCCCAACAUCAAAGAGUUCAAGAAAUCAGGAGUUGUUUUUGAAGAUGGCACCAUCGAAGAAACAAUCGAUGCUGUCAUAUUUUGCACAGGUUACAAUGCAAGCUUCCCAUUCCUGCCCUUGUCUGUGACUGAUGGGUCGAGUGGUAAACUGGUUUUGUUCAAAAAAAUGUUUCCUCCAUCUUUGCAACAUCCCACACUAGCCAUCAUGGGUCUUUUACAAGCCAAUGGACCAAUAAUGCCCAUAGUAGAGAUGCAGGCACGCUGGGCUGUUAAGGUGUUUACAGGUUUGAGCCACCUUCCAUCCCAGGAGAAAAUGCUGGAAGUCAUUAAGUCUGACAGGAGGUCAAACAUGCAGAGAUACCCCUGCCCACAACAGGCUGCUCUACAGGUGGAUUACAUCUCAUAUCUGGAUUUCAUGGCCAAGGAGGUGGGCGUUAAAAUCAAUCUCCUGCAUCUGUUCCUGAGUGAUCCUGUACUCUGGGCAAAGGUCUUCUUUGGUCCCUGCACACCAUACCAGUUUCGUCUCAUGGGGCCUGGACAGUGGGCAGGGGCCAGGCAUGCUAUCCUCACACAGUGGGACCGAGUUUUUAAGCCUUUCAGAACCAGAGCAGUCCCAGAGCCAGAGGCCACAAAGUUUGUCCUGCGCUCAACUUGGUUAAUUACAUUUGGAGGAACCUUAAUAAUCUUGUUUUUGUCAAAACACAAGAUAAUACCAAUCCUCCAACAUUCAUAUCAGAUUCUGGAAUAUAGUAAUGUGUUUCUGAAGGAUUUGUGGUUCACAAUAACCUCAAAGAUAUGA